GCACAAAUCCAAGCUUGAAGUGUAUACUUUUUGAGUUCGAGGCCAGGACGUUAUCACAAUCACAAGGCAGUAUUUAUUUAUGUGAAUCCCUAGCAUAUUUUCGAUUCAUGCCGUAAUUCGUUGCUUUUUGUGUAGAGACGAAUGCAUGUCUACUUCAUUUUAUGUCUGAUUAGCAGAAAAUAUCAACGUGUGUAAUAGACAUCCUAGGUGUUCGAAGAUUUGACCUAAUAUUCAUGUGGGCUGUCUAAAAAAUUGCAUUGUAUCACUUUCAUCCCCAUCUGAGUCAGAAGGUGUUGACAGUGUGUAAUACCUCAACUUGUGCUCUGCAGACAUCAUGCUUAUCAAAUAAAUACAUCUAAAGUAUAUAUAGAGGACUUGAUAUUACAUAGCAAAUAACUAUGGCUUUAGCAGCACAUGGUAGUGAUGCAUCACUGUUUUCUGAUAUCCGGGACCCAGGAGCUCGUGUUCGCAAGCUUUGUGAUUACGCAUGUCAGGUUGAUGUGGACACCGCAAUCCCACCAAAGCGCUACCUCAGAUCUGGCCUGGAGAUGAUUCGAAUGGCGAAAGUCUAUGAGGAGGAAGGGAAUAUAGAAAGUGCAUUUGUCCUCUACACAAAGUUUAUAUCAUUGUUUGUUGAGAAACUUCCAAAACAUCCAGAGUUUAAAAGUGCUCCGGCCACAGAUGUAUCGGCUGUCCGUCAGAAAGUGAAAUCAGCUUUUCCAGUUGCUGAGCAAAUUAAGGGAAAACUAACGAAGAAAUAUGCAGAAAUUGAACGCAGACGACAAGCAGAAGAGAGGAAAAUUCAAGAAGAGUUGGAGAGACAGCAAGAUAAAGUUCGCCAGGAGGAGGAGUUGAGACGUAGACAGCAGGAGGAGGAAGACAACUGCCUUCGUCUGGCAUCGGAAGCAAAAUGGAUGCAAGAACAAGAGCAUAGGCUGCGCGAACUGAAGGAGCAGGAAAUGAUGAAGAACAUUGACUCCCAGUCCCAGAUCCACGGUCCUACUGUGGCCAAUAAUGCUGACAGAACUGCACUCAACAACCAGAACACCAAACCAAGUGCACCACCGGGGGCACUAGGACUGGCCUUCAUUCCUAACAACUUGGAUGAUGGUCGACCUAAGAUUGAAAAGAACCUUUUGAAUGACCCUACAAGGAUGUCUUCCAGUGUACCAAACAUACCAGAUAGAGAACUGAAGAAAAACCUAGUCAUAAGUGAGACAGACCAGCAUGUAGGACCUCCUGGCGUUGACAGGACGAGUAAGCCAGCUUUCGACCACUUCACCAGUAUAGGGGUGCCUGGCCUCAAUAAGGGAGGUCUGAGGGACGUCUUUAUCCCGUCAGACCUUGUCAGGAAGUUCCUGGGUGUGGCUGAACACAACACAAUGAAAAACAUAGAAACAUGUGGAAUAUUAGCAGGAAAAUUAUCCAAGAGUGCAUUCUACAUAUCACAUGUGCUGAUCCCUAAGCAGGCGGGGACGUCUGACUCCUGUGUGGCUGAGGAAGAGGAAGAUAUUCUGAUGUACCAGGACCCUCGUGACCUCAUCACCCUGGGCUGGAUUCAUACUCAUCCGUCACAGACAGCCUUUCUGUCUAGUGUGGAUAUGCACAACCAGUAUGGUUACCAAGCCAUGCUGCCCGAGGCCAUAGCCAUCGUUUGUGCACCCAAGUAUAAUGAGACUGGGAUAUUUACCCUGACCCAGGAGAGAGGGAUGCCCGACAUUGGUAGUUGUAGGGAGCGUGGAUUCCAUGAUCAUAAAAAAACGCCUCCUUUAUUUGAGACUUGUUGUAAUGUGAAGAUGCUGGAUGAGAUGAGAGUAGAAAUGGCAGAUUUGAGAAAAUGAGAGUGCUGAAAAUCACAAAAAUUAAUUAACAUCGACAGGGAUCCAUGUACCCUGUAAGAGGAGACCCGCCAUGCCUGUUAGUGCUGAGUGUAUGAUCUGACUAGUUGUAGGACAUUUCUAGGUCUCGAUACAUUUCUCUGGGACCUAUUUAAGCAAACCCUGUGUAAUAUGGAAACCUGUUUAAGCCAGUCCUUCAGCUAGAUUCUACAUUGUUCAUUUCUAUAUAAAUCACCUGUGCAAUCUGAAUACUUGUCCAUUCCAAAUUGAAUACUCUAAAAGGGGAAUUUUUUGCAUGUGGUAAUGUUGGCAUUGACCUCCUUAAAACUGAUCAUGAUGUGGAAAAUUUCGCAUUAGCAUCAGUCCUGAAAUUUAUAUUUUAUUUUUUACCUAUAAUCUUCAUAUCUAUAAAUGAAUAUUCACAUGUGGAAAUUUACACAUUGCAAAAAUUUCCUCUUUUACAGUAAUACAAUUUCUUUCCAUGCUCUGCUGUUGAUGACAUGAUGUAACCUGGCUUAUUUCUAUGGCAUCACACUAUUUUAUAUAGGAGACUGUGUAUCUUGUUUAACCCUAGGUUGUUGACAGAAAUUCUGAUCUGGUCUUUGCUUCUUUAAACAAGUCUCACUCUAUAUAUGCACAGAGGAAUUUUUUGCUGCACAAUAUGACAUUGAUUUGAAUGAAAAGGUCUUAUUUUUAUUGCUCUGGCAGGCCACUUUUAGAUUUGAAUCGUUUUAUAUGUAAAUUUGACAGAAACUGUAGAAGACUUGACUAUGACUAGGGCUGAAAUGUGUUAUGUUUGUUGUGCUGUAUUACGGAGAUAAGAGUUAUGUCUAUUUUUAUUUGGCCUCAUAGUAUUACUGGUAUCUCUUUCAGCUUCAACUCUUGUUCAAAACUUUUACCUGAAAAGAAUACCAAACAUUUAUUGACAAGCUUUGUUUUGCCUAGUUAAUUCUGUUGUGUUAAAAAAAAAAGUUUUUUUUGUCUUGAAAUAUUUUUAUUAGUUCUGGUAUAUCUACAUCCUGGAUAUAUUUAUAUGGCCUUUGCCUUGUACUAUGGAAGGUGUAAAGCAAUGACUGGGUUAAAACACAGGGAAAUACAACUGAUCAGAAUGGAAACAAGUGUAAACGUUCUAACCUUUUUGACAAUUAUAUUGUGUAGUGUUUGUUGUUUGAAGGUAAUGAAAUUACAAUUUUCGUGUUGUUUGUAAAUAUAUUUAUAUCUAAUGUUUAACCUGUACAAUAACUUUCAAUUAAAUCAACCAUUAUUAUCUGAGGUUAGCUCAUCUCUGUUGUGGUACAGAUUUUGUGGAUGGGUGCCACAAAGGGAUAAACGUGGCAGUAGAUUGACUUCUAAAACCUCCAACCCGCACAACCCUGAUCAUCUUAACUCACACCACAGGUAAAAUACAAAUAGUGUAUUUAUCCUGCAAUUAAGCCAGGGGGCGAAAUACAUAAAGUUUGACUGAAAGUGUAGAGCAGACCUAUUGCAGGACAAUGAAAUAGUUUGUUAGUCUCUUUAGUUAACUUCCAUUGAUAUGGGUGGGCUUAUUUCCAGGCAUGGGCUUAUUGCUUGGUAAUCUGUAAAAGGGAGGAACAGCCUGUACAAUUGUCAUCUGGAACCUGAAGUCUUAUAUAAUUACCUUCACAUACACAUAUUGGAUAAUAUUAUGGUUAAACGGACAUGUUAACUGUUUGGGUGAUGUUAUUUAAAAUUAUACACCUGUAAUCAUUAUGGUCACCAAGUGAAAAUGGCAGGUCAUUCUGAAAGGUUUGAUACUAGCUAUUAAGAAUUCAUUUUCUUCCAUGACCAUUAUAUAAUAGGGUGCCUCACUCCUGAUAUAGUAGAUAAACCUGCUUGGAGUGGUAAAGAUUUUUAGUUACCCGCUAGAGGAUGACACUCUGGGUGUCCUUUCAUUGGUCAAUCAUUUAACUAUGACACCACGUAACAAUGCUUCGUGAUGUCAUCUUCCAUCAUAGAAUCGUGAUUCAUGGCAAUUGGUUCCCCCAUUGGAAACUGACAAAUGUUUUUUCUAAGGGAAACAUGUUGUUUCAAUGUAAAAUAUGAACAGGUCCCAAAACUCUCGAUCGGUUAUUAUGUUUAUCAAACUCUCAUUAGGUAAAUUUCAGCUUAUAAAAGAAACUAGGUAAAUCUAGUGUCUUUAUACAAGUUGAAAAUUGACUAACUUGAGUUAGAUAAACAUGAUAACCAACCACCACUCGUUUGGGAACGUUUAUGAACAUGUAUUAAGAUUUUCAAUGUACUAUGUCCGGUGAUAGUAUCAAAAGGUUGACAAGUUAUUAAAGUAAGGAAAAGUGUAUAUUUUGCUGCACUGAAUAUAUAUGUUCUCUAUUUGUUUUACUAGUCAGCUAUCUUUUGUUGUGAUGCCAUUGAAUGUAAAUCAUGAAAUAUUUGUUGGGGAAGAUUAAACAUUUUUUUAUGACAUAUUAUGUUAACCAUACCCACAAUACAUUGCUGGCAUUUCUUUUGAAGAUUUAUGGGUGUUUUUAUCAUGAUCAUGUCAUAUUACAUGUACCAGUAUACUAAAGUAAAGAACUUUGAUUCUCUGCUUAUCAUUGUGUUUUACCAUACCAUGGGAUGCCAUUUGAAUGAUGGUCAAAAUAAAACCCUUUCAUUAAUAAUCAAAACAUGAAUUUCUAGGAAAGGCCUUGUUAAAACUUCUGUAUUGUGUGUGUUUUCAUUGUACAUACUAAUUGUACAAGUCAUAUUCAUGUAUGUUGGCUCACCUAGUCUGAAGGAAUUUUGAGCCGUUUGAAAAUGUGAAUUUUUCAACUGGCCAGCCCUAUCAUUCAUAGCCUAGACCAAUUGCUAUAUUUUUAAGAUGUGAUGUUAUCAACUUGUGAUCAACUUUCAUUUGGAAUUCAUACAAUAUCAUUAUUCAAAAGAAAGUUUGACCUUAGAACCAUGACCCUAAAACAUUGAAGAAUAGGUGAGCGAGACAGGCUUCUUGGGCCUCUUUUUGAUAAUACAAAGUUUUAACAUCAUCUUAAUCAGUUAAAGAGCAGUCUUACAGGAAGUGGAAUAUGAUUGUAUGCAUACUAGUGAGUUAUUUAAGUCUGUGUAGGUGUAACAGAUUUUCCUUCAAGUUCUUUCGGGGAUACUUUGCCAUAAAAGAGGCGCCGCAGUGGCCAAGUGGCAUCUGACAUUCUGCUUCCACUAGCCCUCCACUGCUAGGUCGCGGGUUUGAGACCUACGU